GUAGGUAACUGAGAAAACCACACUUCCUGAUUUGCCAAGAUGCCGCUGUGAUGUUUUUCCGGAUGAACAAAUUAGCAUUUUUCACGGUUUCACAGUUAAUCCUCAGCAACACCAUGGAGCCGCUUCCUCCGCGAUACAUCCUGAGUAUCCGAGACACUCAGACACACACGAGUGCGGAACUGGAUACGUGCUGUUUGUUCUGGGUUUAAUACAAUAAAAAACCCACCGCAGCAACGUUAAAACGGUGCCACUUGGUGAAUACGUCAAUGCAGUACACUACACAGAAUCCCCAUCCCAAUGGCACGGACACGUCAGAGGUGCUACCAGCCACUCUCACAUGUCCUAUGACCCACAACACUAACAGACCCAGCAUGGCCUGCUCCAGCAUAGGUCAUCCGUACACGUCAGCCCUGGAAUUGGAAAAGGCUGAUGACAUCUGGCAGUGUGUCAAGAAUAAGGUGGCUUCCGGUCUCGGUGGCCCCAAUGCGACGGCCGUGCCCCACCUGGGCGACGCCCAGAUGUUCCGUCCUCUCUGCGUGAUUGGAAAGCGCGUGGAGCGAUCGCUGUGCAUGCGUAAAGUCCGCAGCCUGUUCCCCCUUGGGCCCCUAGUUGACCUGCUGGACGACCCCAUCGGCUACCCAGAAGUCUCUCUGAAGGCGGACGGGCCGGCGCAACGCGACUUUCUCCACGAGGAGUUCCUGGACGGCGCGGGACGGGUGAGGGUGCAGGUCAGCCGCCUCAGUAAGGAGGUGGCGGUGUGUCCCGUGGCGCCACACAGACAGCUGGUACUCCGGGACAACCUGCCCUGGCUGGAGUCAGUGCACCGUCUUUACCUGGUGAGGGAGGCGUACUGUAGCUCUGACGCCAAGAUGCGUGUGCUGGGGAUGGGGAGGUGGAUGGAGCUGAGCCUGGGGCCCCACACUCCUCUGGCCUUCUCCUGCGUCAGGCUGUCAGUCUCCCCCUCGGGCCUGGUAAUAGUAUGUGACGGCUGGGAGGGAAGCUACCUGCACCCCAAGUCCAGGUGGGCCAAGUUCCAAUCCCAGGACUACACGUCUCUAGCAGCAGAGAGACGACCGUCCAAGGUGAUGGGCUUGCUCUCCCAGUUUGCUUUGGGUUCAUCCCACCCCUCCACCCUCUCUCUGCCCACUUUGGCCCUCCUGUCGGGCCCAGAACCCAGUAAGGAUGACCUUCACCAGGUUGCAGAGUGCCAGCAAGAGCAGGAGAUCUCCACGCAGGUUCUGUUGCCUGAAGAGUACAAAGAGUAGGGGAGGAGGAGCUGAGGAUGAGGAGUAAGGGGGUGCUGAGAGGGAGGACAGGGAGGAGGGGGCUGAAUGGGAGCGAUAUCAGGAGUGUCAGGUGAAGACACUGGCCUCUUGGGGGUAAAAAAACAAUGGAAUAUAAUUGACUGAUGAACAGCUCUAUAUUCCAUCCUGGGUGUAAUUACUGAGUGCAAUUACAUUAUUAUCUGUUGUCUGUGGCAAUACAGAAAAAAUGUUUGUUGUGCAAUUCAAAGGACAACCUUUUUGAGAGGGAACACAU